GCUCUGGGGGGGCACAUGUGUAUGGCGGCGAGGCGGGCGGGUACAUGGCGGGCUCUGUGGGACUGGCGUUGUGCGGGCAGACGCUGGUGGUGCGGGGCGGCAGCCGAUUCCUGGCCACCUCCACAGCAAGCAGGUGAGGGGGCCUUGGUCUUGGAACAGGGAGCCCAGGCUGCGGGCGCGCGUCGGGUCCCGGCGACCCCGCUUCUCCCGCACCGCUUGGUCGCACCUGCUCUGGAGUGACCCCGGGGAACCCCGCUCCGGCCUGCGAGCCCUCCGCCGCAGUCUCCGCCUGACCGCGUGUCUGCCCCUGGAGGGUGCGUUUUCGGCGCUCCCUCCCCGGCCGCCGGCGCGCUCCCUGUCCUAGAUGGCCGGUCUGCGGUGUUCUUGCCCGGUUAGCGCUGGGUCACUUCCGGUCUCCGCGGCGCCGGCUGGGACCGGGUGGGCAGAGCACGUGGGGCGUUGCUGACUAGUCAGCAAGGCCCGGCCGAACACGCUCUGGAGAACUGGGAAGAAGUGGGUCUCGGGUCUCCCUGUGAUGAUGACAGCCUCUUCAUUUAUGACUGCAGUGCUGCGGAAAAGAAGUCACAAGAAAAUAAAGGGGAGGACGCGCCCUUGGACCAGGGGAGCGGUGUGAUUCUGGCGUCCACCUUCUCCAAGUCUGGCAGCUAUUUUGCUUUAACCGAUGACAGACCGUGGCGAGGAGGUGUACAGCCCUGACCUUCAUAGCCUCUGAGGAGAAGGUCUUGGUGGCCGACAAGUCUGGAGACGUCUACUCCUUUUCGGUGCUGGAGCCACACGGGUGUGGCCAUCUAGAGCUGGGGCACCUGUCCAUGCUGUUAGAUGUGGCUGUGAGUCCUGAUGACCGCUUCAUCCUCACUGCCGACCGAGACGAGAAGAUCCGAGUCAGCUGGGCCGCGGCGCCCCACAGCAUCGAGUCCUUCUGCUUGGGGCACACAGAGUUUGUGAGCCGCAUCUCCGUGGUGCCCACUCAGCCCGGACUGCUUCUGUCCUCCUCUGGGGACGGUACCCUGAGGCUCUGGGAGUACAGGAGCGGCCGCCAGCUGCACUGCUGUCACCUGGCCAGUCUACAGGAGCUGGUGGACCCCCAGACCCCCCAGAGGUUUGCUGCGUCCAGGAUUGCGUUCUGGUGCCAGGAGAACUGCGUGGCGCUUCUGUGCGACGGCACUCCUGUGGUCUACAUCUUCCAGCUGGACGCCCACAGACAGCAGUUGGUGUACAGGCAGCAGCUGGUGCUCCAGCACCAAGUGUGGGACGUGGCUUUCGAGGAGACCCAGGGCCUGUGGGUGCUCCAGGACUGCCAGGAAGCACCCUUGGUGCUCUACAGGCCUGUGGGCGGCCAGUGGCAGUCUGUUCCUGAGAGCGCCGUGUUAAAGAAAAUCUCUGGUGUUCUUCGUGGGAACUGGGCCAUGCUGGAAGGCUCUGCUGGUGUGGAUGCCAACUUCAGCAGUCUCUACAAGGCCACGUUCGACAACAUGACCUCCUACCUGAAGAAGAAAGAGCAGAGACUGCAGCAGCAGCUGGAGAAGAAGCAGCAGCGCCGGAGUCCCCCGCCCGGGCCCAACGGACAGGCCAAGAAGAUGAGGCCCGGGGAGGCGACCUUGAGUUGCUGAUUGUGGCGGUCAGUGGUGCCUCUCACCUCAAAUUAGGAAAAGCUUUUUCACUUGUUCCCCUGCAUUCUGGCAUCUCCCUUCAAGAAGGAAAAGGUGAGGUCAGUUGUGAACAGCUCAGAGGACAGGACUGUCCCCUGGGCUCUAGAAAGAACAUUCUGUGUCACCAGCACAGGCUCUUGCUGGGUGCCUGUGCCCCCUUUCUGGUUGAAGGGAAGCCAGACCAGUGGAGUGGAAACUCUUGAAGCACUUCCUUUUCACGUUGGAGGCCGCGUGCGAGCCUGUGGUGGCGGCAGCUGUCUGUGUUUCUGCUGUUCUCCUCUGCCCUUCAUGUCUGCUGCGUCUUCCUCUAGGAGCAUCUGUGGGCCGAUGUUUCUGGCACGGUGGACUUUUUCAUGUUGUUCCCGCCGUCUCAGCGUCCAGGUGAUGCGCUGCCCCGCAGUAGCUGCUCGCCACACAGGCUGUUGAAACGCAGCAUGAACGCUUCAGCCCGCCCCAGCCCCAGCCCCAGCCAUACCCCUGUGCUCAGGAGCUGCUCCUGGAGAGUGGCUCCCCUGUGGGAAGUGAGAAAUGUGUUUCGGAGUCGCAGGGAGCUCUGUCCGGCAGCGCUGGGGCAGACGGUGAACUUGUUUCAGGAAGUGUGAGCACACGGGCCCGGCUGGCACCCGGUUUACAGGGAGGUGAUUGAGGACGUCGUCGUGAUUUGAUUUGACCUUGGCACACACUGCAGAGCCGCAGGGAUGUUGCUGAAUUUCAGUCACCAAUCAGCAAGGAUGAACCUUCUCAACUUCCUGGAAUGUUUAGCAGCAACAUAAUGUACCAAGCAAAAUGCCUGGGUGCCUGCACUGUGUGUGAGUGAGGUGCGCACUGUGUGAUUUGGGAAGAGGCUUCUGCAAUGGGCAGGCUUUUGGGUGUAUCACAUAAUUUGUUCAGGCCGGCUCCUACCUGCUCUCCAGUGAUGAAGUCUCCACACAGGAACAGGUUCAUGCUGGCGAUGACUUUGAUGUGGGGUAUCGCUGGUGACUUAGAAUCCUUUUGUGUAUCAAAAGCUGGAAUGCUUCAAAU